AAGAAUUAUAAUUUCUUCAGUCAAACACAUGCAUACAUUGCUGAGUAUGUGUGAGCGUGUGUGUGCACACUUCUUUUGCACGUAAAAGUUAAAAAGAAGAAACCCGUGGACCGUCAAUGUCUUUGAUCAAGACAUCCCCACCCUCGAACUAGACCGUGGGAACCUGUAGAGACAUCUCGCGUCAAAUAUAAACAAGCAAUUUAAAGAGGGGCCGCAACUUAUUAAGGGCGGGUCGAGUGUGCGGCACCUGUGCUCAAACUUUAUUUACCGCGCAUUAUUCCCUGUGGGCUUCGAAGACGCGUUACGCCACGGCAAAUCGAGCAAAAUUAGCAAAUCGAUACCGGACAUCAGAUUCACUUCGACCCGGCCUGUAAACCAAAGGUACCGGGCAUGGAGGAGGAAAAUUGCCGCGGGAAGAGGCCGCCCUAUUCGUACGCUGCUCUCAUCGCCAUGGCCAUUGAUAACAGCUCCUUCAAGAGGGAAACUCUAAGCGGCAUUUACGACUACAUCACAUCCAACUUCCCCUUUUAUCAGAGCAACGAAAAAGGCUGGAAAAACAGCGUCCGACAUAAUUUGUCCCUGAAUGACUGCUUCGUCAAGGUCCCAAGGAAGAGCUACGGGAAGAGGGGCAACUACUGGACGCUGGAUCGACCCUUCGAGGACAUAUUCGAGGAGAGCAAGUUGCGGCGUCGUCGUCAGAGCGUGAGGAGACCUCUAAGUAACCUGUCGAGUUCGACCUACCCGAACUACCCGACGACGUACAGGAGCUCCUUGUGGACCGUGAGCCAGCCCACCUCCCCGCAACCGAGUUUCUACCAAACGGGUCAGCUGCUUCAGCACCACACCGGCUUCAGCGACUCCCCUCCGGUGAGCCCCUAUUUAAUGCCGCUUUCCUUCCCCUCUGUGCACUUCCCCGUCUACCACCAGCAGCCGGUUCUGCUGCCGCAGGACCUGUAUCGGCACGGCACCGUGAACUCCACCUUCGACACGGAGAUGGGGCAGUGGGUCUACCAAUAUUUCCCCGGCAUGGGGCAACGUUGAGCAAUUUGAGCAGUAAAUGACCAUUAAAUGCUGACCCCCUCGGAAAAUCAGUAGAACUGCCAAAUGUUAUUUUUGUAUUUUUGUGCUUGGAUUUUCGAAAUGUUUUAUAGCCAACUUUGUUCAUAUUCUGAUGUUUAUUUAUGUUCGUUGGCUUCUGCGCAACGGUUUAAGCACACUUAAAAAGGUUUACUUGAUGUAAAAUUCAUCGUCUGUUGAAUAAACGUGUUUUUGGAUAGUUA